UUCUUUUGCUUUCCUUUCAUGUAAUAAUCACGACAGUACUUGAACGCAUCGGUAUCAGUUUAUUUCCUUCAUGCAUUUUAAUCUUUAAUUUAUUUAAAAUGUCAGAAUCAGUGCAUGAAGCCAGGAGACACUGAGAGCCAUGGCUUGCAUCACUGAAACGCGAGAGCUGAUUGGCGACAAAUAACGCGAAUGAACCAAGAUCCGGUGUUACUUUGUGUCCCCGAGUCCUCUCGCCGAUGGAGGUUUCGGAUAAACAGAUCUGGCUUUUCUGAUCCGAGCUGUUGACUAACACACCGCCAGAUGCGGAAGGAAACAUCUGCAAUGUGAUCCAGGGAAUCACCUGCGCUUCUCCCGUAUGAUGCCGGAGGUCAGAGGGAUGAAGCUUUUCCUGAUGAACUGCGUGUUUUUCCUGCGCUGGGCAUGGCUUUGUUUGGCUGCCUGCGGUGGGAAGGUGGAGCUGCACACAGAGAGACGAGGAGUGAUAUACAGUCCAUCCUGGCCUCUAAACUACCCAGCUGGAGUCAACUGCUCCUGGAACAUCCAGGGGAACCGCGGCGAGGUCAUCACUAUAAGCUUCCAUAGUUUUGACGUUGAGGAGUCGGGGGGAUGUCGGGGAGACUGGCUGCUGCUCGGCCCCACGUGGAAAGACGAGUAUCGCGUAUGUGGCUCGACCCUGCCAACUCCGUUCAUCUCGUCCAGAGGCGCGGUGUGGCUCCACUUUCACUCGCAGGCCAACAGCUCGGGACUAGCGCAAGGCUUCCGGCUCUCCUAUAUACGCGGUCGUCUGGGAGAGAGCAGCUGUGAAAGUGAUGAGUAUCUCUGCGGUAAUGGGAAGUGUGUGCCGCGCUCCUGGCGCUGUAACAGCCUGGAUGAAUGUGGAGACGGCACAGAUGAGAGGAGCUGCGUUGGCCCCCCCACGCCCGCCCGGGCCAGCCUGUGCACCCCAGGUAUGCUGGAGUGCAGCCUCGCCCAGUCGACCCGCUGCCUACCCUCUGCGCUGCGCUGUAACGGCGUGCAGGACUGCCCCGACGGCUCAGACGAGGCUCAGUGUCCCGACAUGGUGUGUGGGAAACGGCUGGCAAACUUCUACGGCAUGUUCGCCUCGCCCGAUUUCUUCAGGCCAAACCGCAGCACUGGCACGGACCUCUACUGCACCUGGUUACUGGACACACAGGACCCGAAGCCCCUGUUGCUGCGGUUGGACCUGCAGUUGGGAGCGGGCGACUCGGUGCGGGUGUAUGACGGUCUGGGCGAACGAGCCGAGCGUCUGCUGCAGAGUCUCACGCACCACAACAACCAGCGCUCAGCCGUGCUGGAGUCCUCGCAGGGGCAGAUGAGCAUCCUGUACCACGCCAAACCCCACAGCCAGGGGCACGGCUUCAAUGCCUCGUACCAGGUGAAAGGUUACUGUUUUCCGGGUGAGUUCCCAUGUGGUCCUGAUGAGGGCUGUUACUCUCAGCAUCAGCGCUGUGAUGGUUACUGGCACUGCCCAAGUGGCCGAGAUGAGGAGGGGUGUUCUCUGUGUGCCCCGGGUCAGUACCCCUGCCAAGGCCCCGGAGGUGUGUGUUACUCAGCUCACGAGCGCUGUGAUAAUCAGAAACAGUGCCCAGACGGGUCAGAUGAGAAAAACUGCUUCUCCUGCCAGCCGGGAACGUUCCACUGUGCAACUAACCUGUGUAUCCUGGAGACUUGGCGCUGUGACGGGCAGGAGGACUGUGCUGACGGCAGUGACGAGCGCGAGUGCCAGGCUGCUGUGCCACGUAAGGUCAUCACGGCAGCGCUGAUUGGCAGUCUGGCGUGCGGCUUGUUGCUUGUCAUCGCCCUCGGCUGUGCUUUUAAACUCUACUCGCUCAGGACCAGGGAGUACCGAGCUUUUGAAACCCAGAUGACUCAGCUGGAGGCGGAGUUUGUUCAGAGAGAAGCUCCACCCUCAUAUGGUCAGCUGAUUGCUCAGGGUCUCAUCCCACCGGUGGAGGAUUUUCCUGCUUAUAAUCCUGCUCAGGCAUCCGUCCUUCACAAUCUCCGCUCGGCCAUGCGGAGGCAGAUGAGGCGUCAUUCUUCUCGCCGAAUGGCGUCGCGUCGCAGACUGGGGCGCCUUUGGAGUCGUCUGUUCCAGCGUGGAAGUCGGCUGCGUGGUCAUAUUCUUCUCCUUACCCCGCCUGGGCGUGCACACACUCCUUCACAGGCGCAUCCUCUGCCGCCUGGUCACUCUCGGACUGGAAGUAGCAGCCACUGUGCCAUAGAAGGUCAGAACGGCGAGUGGGUGGACCUGCAGGCUCACGCGGAGGUCCUAUGCUUAGCUGAAAGCGGGUCGCCGACAUCGUCGGCCACAUCACCAGCCCUUCCACGCUCCACCUCAGACACGCUGGAGGACGAAGACGACGAGAAUGAUGACGAGGAUCAUAACCGAGCAUCUGAUCUCAGGCAAAGAGAUGAGCGGAGAUCAUGUGGAGCUCCACGUCGACCCUCACGUCUAUUGUUUCAGACACGUGUGUCCAGGAGGGUCGUCCAGGGACUCGCAGCAGAACUGGGAGCUACGCCAGUGACACGGAGCUCCGUACUGGGAGUCUCUCCUCUGUCCACUCCUGAGUCUGUGACAUCAUCCAGCAGCCAGAAUGAGGAAGAGAUGAAUUCCCCGACACACACCGAUCUCUGCUCAAACACUCGCACUGAUCCACAUGCAGACCUUAACGCACACUCUGCUGGUAGAGAUAGAAGUGCAAAGAAAAACAGGAUGCAAAGUGGACACACGAGCAGUGAUGAAGAUGAGGACGUCCUGUUCAUGCGCUAAACAGCUUUCUUCAUCCUCUUUUAAACUUUUUACAACAUUAACAGAACUUCAGCUCACAGAGAGUGUGGGAAAGUUUAACAAUGGCCAUACAACACAGACUACUUCUAAUCAUGACAUCAUCUUUAUUACAUGCAGAACAAUGUAGACUGAUUAUAUUUUCAAACAGAAAUGACUUCUCAAGGUGCAGACAUAAGAAUUCAGCAGAAUGUGGGAGGGGCCAGAGUUCAUUUUUGGAGAAACAUGGGCGUGGUCAGAGUUUCUGUAGGAGCAUGUUAGUGUUUUCAGGAAGGUGGGUGUGGUCAAAGUUUCUGUAUGAUUGUGUGGGCAUGUACAAAGUGUUUCUGCAGGAACAUGGAGGGCGUGGUUACAUCAUGUGAACGCAGGUGGGUGGGCUUUAGAGUUCUUGCAGGAGUGUGUGGAUGCAGUUACUGGAAUACUCUGGGUGUAAUCAGUGUUUCUUUAGGUACAAGUGGGCGUGGUCACUGUUUCUCCAGGAACAAGUGGGCGUGGUCACUGUUUCUCCAGGAACAAGUGGGCGUGGUCACCUUUUCUCCAGGAACAAGUGGGCGUGGUCACUCUCAGCAGAAACAAGUGAGCGUGGUUAUUGUUUCUCCAGGGACGAGUGGACAUGGCUAUUGUUUCUGUACCAUGGGUGUGGCCCUAAAUUGUGCUGUGAGAUGGGGGUGUGGUUAUUGUUUCUGUAAGAGCUUGGCGCCUGGUUAUUGUACAAGCAUAUGGAGGUGCACAAGGUUUUCACGGUGCUCCUGGCCUGUGUGGGCUGUUUUCCUCAGGUGCUUGUGGGUGUGGUCACAGUUUUCACAGAGAGUGGGUGUGUUAAUUGAUUCUACAGGAAUGUCUGUGUAUGGUUAUGGCUUCUUUAAAAGCACAUGAGAUUGUAGACAUCUGUGUGUGGUUGCGUGAGGGCGGGAUCAGAGUUUCUAGAGAAGUGUAUGGGAGUGGUCAUAGUUCCAGGUGGGCGUGGUCACACUCUGUCCCUGGAACUCAAACCUGAAAGUGGGAUGAACAUGACCUGUUGAUGACAUGUCUUUAUUAACUGUAAUUCUACAAGUUUUUACGGAUUGAAAUCCAAAAUAUAACUUAAAGGUGGAUUAUAGUUGGUGGUAUUAACCGUGCAUAUCAGAAGUGAUGUUUCAGGGCUUUUUGAUGUUUUGUAAGCCAAAUGGUUAAACGUGGAUACUCGUGGCCGAACUUGUGGUGUGUAAGGCUCUCCCUAGGGGAGCAGAGAUCUCAGGGAGGUGUGUGCUGGUUUCUGAAAGAAUGUAUCAUUAUGUUUAUAUCCAUUUUCUGUUUCUGAUCAGCACACGGGGCUGAGAUUGUGAGAAAUAGGUAAAUAUAGUACACUGGAGAGAAAGGAGAAAAUACAGACAUAAGCACACACACACACACACUCACACGCGCAUUACGUUGUUGUGUUUGUUUUAUGAUUUGUCCUGAAGCUGCUUGAAUAAAAUGAAAAGGUAUAAUUAUAAUGUAAUGGUACAGACAUACAUACGAAAUGGUGACGAAUUAAAAGAAAAAGCGCUGGCUUUGUAACGAUCAGUGCUAAGGGUAUAUUUAUUUUAUCACAGUGUCUUCUCUAAAAAUUGAAGCUUCACUGCAAAUAAAAACAAAGUUCUAGUUUUCUUUUGUUUGUCCUCUUUAAAUGGCUUCACUCCUAUCUAAAGUGCGCGAAGGCUCAUUGAAAGGUUUUAUGAGAUAGGAUAUCACAUGCCCUGGCCUUGGCAUGAACCACAUCACAAACCAGAGGAACAUUUUUGAAUGAUGUGCUUGUCAUCAUCAUCAUGAACAUCUCACCAAGGGAAAGUCUUUAGGAAUAACACGCUUUCUUACUUCAGUACAGUUCCAGUGACUUGUAGAAUUGAUACAGAGGAGCACUAAAGCUGUUCUGUUGUUUUUUCCUUUAAUUUGUCACCCUUCUGUAUAUUAUAUACCUCUGGAAUUAAAUUUUACUCUACCAGAAGUGUUUUUGGAACAAUUGGAGCAAUAAGAAAAAAUUUAUUUGAAACUGUGAAAAAAGCAUCUUCAUUUCUGUUUCCUGUUUGAUAUUUUAAACACAGCUUAGUGACGUCUAUACGUUAUUCAGACUUUAUUAAAGUGUUGGACUGGUUGUGGGGUCCAGAGGGUCACUUUUUGUUUUAAAUUACAAGUUUUGUCAGAUUUCGCAUUGUUGUAAUAAUUUAAAGUGGUAAAAACCAUCUAAUUUUAAAUCUUGGACAGAAGUGCCAAUACAGAGAGAGAGAGAGAGCGAGAGAGAGAAAUGCUCAGAAACAAUACUGAAUGUGUCGCGAAGUGCCACUGGAGAAUUAGUGUGUUUUCAGAAACUACUGCUGCUCAGUUGCAUAAGACAAAGCAUAUACUUUUGUGGUGCAUAUUCGGGGGGCGUUCAAAUCAAACCAGGACUUAUUAAUUCCCUUUAUUUCUCUUUAUAAUCCCCUGAUGCACUUAUCCCAGCUUUUCACUAGUGCUUUGAUACCAUCCAGGUAGAAAGUUGUCACAGUAAGCUGACUGCCUGCUUCACAUCUGAAAUGCCAGGCUCCCAGGAACUCCUUUAUGGACUUGGAGUGAGGUCAGGAUUGUAAGUAGGAUGUGGCAAUAACUCCCAGCCAAGUUCCUGUACUCUGCAAGUGGUGUUGGUGAAUGAUUGUGUGUGUACCGUUGUGGUUUCUCAUUCGCAGAUGUACGGCCUGCUUUAAAACACUUGCACCAUUUAAAUGUUUUACUGUGUCUAAGAAUUUCAUCACCGUACUGUGCUUCUGUCUUCUGUAAAUCACUUUUACACCAGAACUUUUAUCACAGGUCCCGGUUUGAUAUGAACGCCCCCAAUACUGUAUGUAGAUUGUACUUAAAUAAGUAAUUAAAA